AAAUAGCUCAGCUAGCUAACUAUGACAAUGGAACAGCAGAAACUCCAGAAACAGAUGAAUUGAUGAGUAGCUCUAAUACCUCACUGAAGCUGCGGAGAAGACCUCGGGAAAGUGAUUUUGAAACAAUUAAGCUGAUUAGUAAUGGAGCUUAUGGUGCUGUUUAUUUUGUGAGACAUAAGGAAACCAGACAAAGAUUUGCCAUGAAGAAAAUUAACAAGCAGAAUCUCAUCCUCCGAAACCAGAUCCAACAGGCUUUCGUUGAGCGGGAUAUCUUGACAUUUGCAGAAAAUCCAUUUGUUGUCAGCAUGUAUUGCUCCUUUGAAACAAGACGCCAUUUAUGUAUGGUCAUGGAAUAUGUAGAAGGUGGAGACUGUGCGACUUUGAUGAAGAAUAUGGGUCCCUUACCUGUGGACAUGGCAAGGAUGUACUUUGCAGAGACUGUUCUGGCUUUGGAAUACCUUCAUAAUUAUGGAAUUGUACACAGGGAUUUGAAACCAGACAAUUUAUUGGUAACAUCUAUGGGCCAUAUAAAGCUUACAGACUUUGGCCUGUCUAAGGUGGGGCUAAUGAGUUUGACUACCAAUCUGUAUGAGGGGCACAUUGAGAAGGAUGCCAGAGAAUUCAUGGACAAACAAGUCUGUGGUACCCCUGAAUACAUAGCUCCUGAAGUCAUACUGAGGCAGGGUUAUGGAAAGCCAGUGGACUGGUGGGCUAUGGGAAUCAUCCUCUAUGAAUUUCUUGUUGGGUGUGUGCCAUUCUUUGGAGAUACCCCAGAGGAGCUGUUUGGACAAGUAAUCAGUGAUGAAAUCAACUGGCCUGAAAAGGAUGAAGCGCCACCUCCAGAUGCCCAGGAUCUGAUUACCCUGCUGCUCAGACAAAAUCCUUUGGAAAGACUGGGAACAGGUGGUGCCUAUGAAGUAAAGAAGCAUCAGUUCUUCCGCAGCCUGGACUGGAAUAGUCUGCUGAGGCAGAAAGCAGAAUUUAUUCCCCAGCUGGAGUCUGAGGAUGACACAAGUUAUUUUGACACUCGUUCUGAGAAAUACCACCACAUGGAAACUGAGGAAGAAGAUGAUACAAAUGAUGAAGAUUUUAAUUUGGAAAUUAGACAGUUUUCCUCAUGUUCACACAGGUUUUCAAAAGUUUUUAGUAGCACAGAUCGAGUCGCUCAAACGCAAAGUGAAGAAAAGGAAGAUGCAGGAGACAAAAUAAAAAGUAUAACAUUGCCUUCUGUGGAGUCUUUAAGCUGGAGUUCAGAAUAUUCUGAAAUCCAACAAAUAUCCACAUCCAUCCCCUCUGAUACUGAGAGUGGUCGGCAGCGACACAGUUCUGGUUUGCUCCCAAAACUGGCUGUAUCGGCCAAAGGAGAACAGGAUGAUCCCACUUGCCUAGUGGGACCCCAGGUGGAACAGGAAAAAGCUGAGUUUGUGAAUGAGGAAAUAGUGCCAGAUGAACCCGAGGUAACCACUCCAGCAAGCACCAUCAGCAGCUCCACGCUCUCAGUUGGCAGUUUUUCAGAGCACUUAGAUCAAAUAAAUGGAAGAAGUGAGAGUGUGGACAUUGCAGACAACUCCUCAAAGCCACCUGGUGAAGUUGCUUCUCAUAUGGCUCGUCAGCAAUUAGAAAGCACAGAGAAAAAGAUCAUCUCUGGAAAAGUCACCAAGUCCUGUUCUGCAAGUGCUUUAUCGCUCAUGAUUCCAGGAGAAGUGUUUAGUGUUUCUCCUUUGGGAAGCCCUAUGUCUCCUCAUUCCCCAUCAUCAGAUCCUUCAUCCUCCCGAGAUUCCUCUCCUAGCCGUGAUUCUUCAAUUGCUGCUGCAAGUCCUCAUCGGCCGAUAGUAAUUCACAGCUCGGGCAAGAAGUAUGGUUUCACAAUCCGAGCGAUCAGGGUUUAUGUGGGCAACAGCGAUGUCUACACCGUGCAUCAUAUUGUUUGGAAUGUGGAGGAAGGAAGUGCAGCAUAUCAAGCAGGAUUAAAAGCUGGAGAUCUGAUUACUCAUAUCAACGGCGAGCCAGUGCAUGGGCUUGUUCAUACAGAAGUCAUUGAGCUGUUAUUAAAGAGUGGUAACAAAGUGUCAAUUACUACAACCCCCUUUGAGAACACUUCUAUCAAGACAGGGCCUGCCAGGAGAAACAGCUACAGGAGCCGAAUGGUGAGACGUAGUAAGAAAACCAAGAAGAAAGAGAGCUUAGAGAGAGCUUUGACUGUGGUAACCGUAUCUUUUGCACAAGUUAUGUCUGGCAGGUCACCCACCCCAAGCUAUCGCUCCACUCCUGAUUUCCCAUCUGGUACCAAUUCUUCCCAGAGUAGCUCGCCAAGUUCAAGUACUCCUAAUUCUCCGGCUGGCUCAGGACACAUAAGACCCAGCACUCUUCAUGGCUUGGGCCCGAAGCUUGGUGGGCCAAGAUACAGAUCAGGAAGACGCAAGUCAGCUGGCAGCAUUCCCCUCUCCCCGCUAGCGCGAACGCCUUCGCCUACACCCCAGCCCACAUCGCCACAGCGAUCUCCGUCACCGCUGCUAGGGCAUUCGAUUGGAAACACAAAAAUAGCUCAGACUUUCCCUAGCAAAAUGCACUCUCCUCCAACUAUUGUGAGGCAUAUUGUUAGGCCGAAGAGUGCAGAGCCACCAAGGUCUCCCCUGUUAAAGAGAGUCCAGUCUGAAGAGAAACUUGCGCCCUCUUAUGGCAGUGAUAAGAAACAGUUAUGUUCACAAAAACACAGUCUAGAAGUGACUCAGGAAGAAGUGAACAGAGAGAUGUCCCAAAGAGAAGUAAUUCUUCAGAGCUUGGAGGAGAACGUAUGUGAUGUACCGUCACUCACACGGGUCAGACCUGCAGAGCAGGGCUGCUUGAAACGCCCCAUCUCCCGAAAAUUAGGCAGGCAAGAAUCCAUUGAUGAGUUGGACAGAGAGAAGUUGAAGGUUAAGAUUGUUAUGAAAAAGCAAGAUUUUGCUGAAAAAUCAAGCACAAUACAUGAACCUACCAGUGAGUCAGAAAAUCCCAAUCUCAAUACCUUGAGAUUGGAAGAAAGGGACAAAAAAGCGUUUCAGAAGGUUUUAGAAAGAUCAAACCAAUUUGAAGCAAAAAUUGUUACUCUGGAGACUCAGUCAGCUGGUGGCAUACUCAAAGACACCCUUCAAAAGAAUGCAAACUUAAGAUCAAAUAACUGUGUUGCUUUAGAUGCACAGACGUUGUGUCAUGGGUCUCCACUUAAUGAACUCGGUCACAUUUCUUAUGACUUCAAAAGAAUUUCCCCUCCAUGUACGCUGCAAGAUGUGCUACCUCAGUCCUCUGACAGAACGCUAAAUGAAAAGGGAGAAAACACAGAUAAAAAUGCAUCAGCAAAAGAAUUUGUCAAAUUUGAAAGAUUAGAUGGUAAACUUGCAAAUAUUGAUUAUCUUAGAAAGAAGAUGUCCUUUGAAGAAAAAGACGACAGUGUUUGUCCAGUGCUAAAACCCAAACUGACUUCAAGUGUUCAUGAAUGCUUUCAACUUAAUACAGUCAGAUCCAUAAACAUACAGCAGGAUUGCACUGCAGUUGCUGAUGGUAGAGCAUUUAUCAGCAGUGCACAUGCUGCUCAGAUUAGCUCCGUUUCUUUCAUUCCUCUCAAAGCUUUGAAUGUCCGAGUGGAAGCUAGUGUUGAAAAAUCAACCCUUAUUUCCACCGAGUCUCCUGUCAGAAAAAGUCCAUCAGAAUAUAAACUGGAUGGAAGAUCUGUUUCCUGUUUGAAGCCGAUAGAAGGAACAUUGGACAUUGCCUUACUUUCUGGGCCACAGGCUUCAAAGUCUGAACUACCUUUGUAUGUACUGCCAGAAGGCCAGAGUACUAACAGUGAUGUGGCAUCUCCUAAACCCCCUGUACCCCAAGGGAGUGGUGGGCACAUAGAACUGGACAUUGUUAAGUUGUUAAGCUAUUCAAGGUCUAGCAAAGCCAACAUGCUGGAGCCCCAGUUUCUACAAGCAAGCAGAAGUCCUCAAAAUCCAUCAGCUACCUCUGUCACUGCUGAAAUAGUGACAGAGAAAAAGAUCUUUAGUGGAGCUGCUAAAGGUAACAUGUCUGUUACUGAAGCUGUUCAAAAGAAAGACACUUCCCCUUCAAAACAAAAGGACAAUUCUGUGGAGGUCAAGUCUUGCGCUAUUCAGAAUCAAAGUCUUAAAAUCACCCAAACAUGUUCCAAACUUUCUACUCUCCAAAGCACUCCUGAAAAAGCUGUAGAAAAAGAGAAGCAAACAUGGAAAGAGUUGCCUACCAGACAGCCAGUAGCCCAGAGAAAUUAUGAACCUCUCCCUGCAAAGGUGGAGGUGGUCAGGGAGUCAUCUCUGAAGGUGUCCGUCUCGAAUGUCCUGACAACAAAUUAUGCCAAAACCAAGGAAAAACAUUCUGUUGACUUUGCCAUUCUACCUCAGAUGCAAAGAAAAGUGCAGGCAGCUGGUCCCAAGGCACAACCUAAGGAUAGCAUAGAUGCACUGAAGCAGCUAGGCAAUGAUGUCACCAUUGCAAGUAGCUCUGUAGAGAGGGACAUAAAGCAGAAGAUUUUCAGCGAGUCCAAGAAAGUUAUUGCAGAGUCAAAGAGUGAAACCAUUCCAUCCAAGUGGCCUCUGCAACCUCCAACAGACUGUGAUCCUAAAAAUGGGAAGCUUGCACUGUGUCCUCCUAUACAGAAGGACACCACCAAAGAUUCGGGAAAGAAAGAUCAGAAGCAGCUCACUGAAAUUUGGCUUCAGGCUGCUGAGAAAGAGCUGGCCAACCAAGCUCCUCAGCAGCAACUUAAUGCCUCAAGCUUCCCUGCUGUGAAAGAGCCUGUAAGCAGAAACUGUGCUGCAGAUGUUCACGUAGAACAUGUGAAACCUGCUGCUGCCUGUGUGGUGGAAAGCAGCAGUAAUAAAUUCAAGCCUGUCUCUGAUAAUAGUUCCUCUAAGCCUAAGCACUCAGAUAAACAGACUUAUUCACAAAAAACAUGCACUCUAACUGUAAAAGAAAAAGAUACCAUUAUUCAGGUGUCUGCCAGCUCCUGGAAAGAUGGGAAAUGUGCCAGUAAAAACGUGCAAGAUACUUCCUUUGUUUCAGGCUCUAUGAGAAAAAUGAGCAAUGAACACGUUCAGGUUGAAAGGCCUCUGGGUUUGGAACAUGGGUCAGUAUCCACCCUUCCAACGAAUAGUAUCACUCCUGAAAUCAAACCCAAAUCGUCUGCUGUUGGCCAGGUACCAGCAGGCCCAGAGAGUUCUAAGCUAAUGCAAAGGCAAGAACCAGCAGGCUUUGGGGAAUCUGCUGAUCGAAAGCAUCUUCACCUCAGUGAAAAACAAACUGUGUCUCCAAAGUUUUCCACUGUGAAAGACACUCUCCUGCUGAGCAAAGAGGUAGAGAGAAGCCCUAGUAACCAGACAAUCUCGGCAGACAAAACCCCCAAAGGAAAAUCAAAACCCACCAGGCUGCUUCAAACCUUGGGGGCAAACCUGGAAAUCAAGUCUUUUUCUGUUAGCACUGUGGAUGUAAAGGGAAAAGAUGCCAUACAGGCUCAGCCUUCUGCUUCAAGAAAACAGAACGCAGGUAAAGAUCUACCCAGGUCAGCAACCACACCUGACCGCCCCAAUGCACUUUCCAGCGACAAAGACGCGACCCGGCAGCGGUGAGGAAAGGGCGCUCUACGGAGCAGUCCUCACAAAAAGUCCUCUUGACUCUAGUACCUGGCAGAUGGGACUUCAACACUAGCUGAAAGCAUGUCAGUGUUUUGACUACCUUCAAACCAGCACUGUGUGGUGUCCUUGGGCAGCAAAGCUUUCAUGUCACUAAA